UUUUGUAAAUGGGAUACCAUGUGAAACUUUAAUCUUUAUUAUACUUGUUCAGAAGAUAUUGCUUGGCAUGUGUUUCUUAUAUUCUUGGAAAUGGUGUAUCACUUCAUGCUUUAUUCCUUAUAUUUGUUUUGUAAAGCUGCAUCAGCUAAGUCCACCAUUCCAAGUCAAUCUUCCAAUAAUGUAGCUUUAUCAUUUUUUGUUCAUGGUUGUUAUUCUUGGAAUUUAGAACUUGAUUUUUACAUCUUAGGAAUUUUAUACUGAAAAUGUAAAAUUGCUAGUUUUCUUUUCAGUUACUCUACUUGAUUUGAUGAAUUUUGUGAUCUUAACCUGAAGGAAACAAGCUGGAAGGAGUGAGAUUUCAUAUUGAUUUACUUAAAUUUGAAAAAUUGUACAAGCCAGCUUGAUAGGGUCAGCUGCUGCUGCUAUUUCUAAGAAUGGGUUCUCAUUUGAACUUCAAGAACUAUGGUAAUGUCCCUGCUGGAGAAGUAAGUGGUGCAAAGGCAUUGGGGAAUUCUCCAUUGGUUCGCCAGUCUUCAAUAUACUCAUUGACCUUUGAUGAGUUCCAAAACAGCUGGGGUGGAGGACUGGGUAAGGAUCUAGGAUCAAUGAAUAUGGAUGAGCUAUUGAAAAACAUAUGGACUGCAGAAGAGACACAAGCAAUGACAAAUACUGUUGGUGUUGGGGAAGGAAGUUUUCCUGGUGGGAAUUUGCAAAGACAAGGAUCUUUGACUUUGCCAAGAACACUAAGUCAAAAGACUGUUGAUGAGGUUUGGAGAGACUUGAUUAAAGAAAGCAGUGAUAGCGCAAAAGAUAGCAGCGGCAACAACAACAACAACAACAUGGGAUCAAAUUUGCCUCAAAGGCAACAGACUUUAGGAGAAAUGACUUUGGAGGAGUUCUUGGCCAGAGCAGGAGUUGUAAGGGAGGAUACUCAGCUAAUUGGAAGGUCAAAUAAUGGUGGAUUCUUUGAUGAAUUAUCACGACUAAAUAAUAAUAGCAAUAACAAUGCCAGUUUAGCUCUUGCGUUCCAGCAGGCAAAUCACAAUAGUGGGCUUAUGGGCACUGGGAUAGUUGAAAAUAAUAACUUAGUUGGUAGUCAGCCUUCUAAUUUAGCUUUAAAUGUAGGCGGGAUCAGAUCCUCUCAACCACUACCCCAGCAGCAGCAGCUGCAUCAGAACCAGUCCCAGCAGCAGCAGCAGCAGCAGCAGCCUCUCUUCCCCAAACCAACAAAUUUAGCAUUUGCGGAUGUACGUUUAGCAAAUGGUGCGCAGCUUGCUAGUCCAGGAAUCAGGAGUUCAGUUGCUGGUAUUGCAGAUACAAAUAUAAAGAAUAAUUUAGUUCAUGGUGGUGGAAUGAGAAUGGUUGGUUUAGGAACUGCAGGUGUUCCGGUUGCAACAGGAUCUCCUGCAAACCACAUAUCACCAGAUAUGAUCACAAAAGGUAACGCAGAUACGCCUUCUUCACUAUCACCAGUUCCAAACACAUUUGGACGGGGAAGAAAAGCAAGUGCUGCUUUGGACAAAGUAAUUGAGAGAAGGCACCGGAGAAUGAUUAAAAAUAGAGAGUCAGCCGCAAGGUCACGGGCUCGCAAGCAGGCCUACACACUGGAACUAGAAGCAGAAGUUGCAAAACUUAAAGAAAUGAAUCAGGAAUUGCAGAGAAAGCAGGAAGAAAUUAUGGAAAUGCAGAAAAAUCAGUUCUUAGAGUCGAUGAAUCGGCAAUGGGGAUCGAAAAGGCAAUGCUUGCGGAGGACAUUGACAGGCCCUUGGUAGAGUUGACAUACUGAUUAGUGAUUAUAGAUAGUGACAGGGCUUGAAUAUGCAUGUUGGCGAUUUGUGUGGCGUCGUAUGGAUUGAAAGGUGCAACUUUGACCUGCAUUUUAUACCUUGCAGGAUAGGUAGCUGUAUCUAUAGGAAAUAGAGGCUUGAUUUUGUAAAUUAUGACUUGAAAUUAGUUUUAUACUGUAGAUUUUAACUUUCUUUUUAUUGUGAUGUGUAUUGGCUUGUCAUUUGUUCAUAAAGCGUAUGUAGGAUAGUGAAACAAAAUCUAUGCUACAAGAUUUACACUGUCAGCCUAAUAACUUGGUUAGUUUCUAACAAUUAUUAUGAACAUAUUUAUUUUUAACUAA